UCACUCUCAUCGUCGUCGGUUAGCUGCAUCGACCGUCGUGGUUCAGCGGGUGGCGCGGGCGGCGACGGCGUAGGCAGGCGAUAGGGUGGGCGGCGACCCGGCCGGCGAGCCGUUUGCGCACACCCUAUCGCAAGGGCGCGUCGACCGUCGAGGCACCGGGCUUCGUGGGGAUCGAUUGAUUGGUCCCCCUUUCGCUGCUCUUCUUCUCCGUCCUCUCCGGCGGGCGCGCGCGAGAUCGAAGGGUAGGGUUUGGGCCCCAAAGUUGGGGACAGCGGCAGCAGCUGCAGCGAUGGACUACACCAACGCCAUCCACAUCAUCCCGGACGCGGCCGGCCCCGACGCCUGGACCAACGCGGCGCCGUCCGCGGCGGGCGGGGACUCCGCCAUCUGGGCCACCGAGGACGACUACCGCCAGUGGAGCGCCGACCCGGGCUACGGCGACCGGAACCCCUCCUCUCGGGCGGGGAGCGAGCAGCCGCCGCCGGGCAAGAAGGCUCGCGGCGGGGGCGGUGCUGGCGGAGGUGCUGGCGGCGGUGACGGCGGGGGCGGCAGCAGCACCAGCAAGUCCCGCGCCAUCGGCAAGAUGUUCUUCAAGACCAAGCUCUGCUGCAAGUUCCGUGCGGGGACCUGCCCCUACGUCACCAACUGCAACUUCGCGCACGGCAUGGAGGAGCUCCGCAAGCCACCGCCCAACUGGCAGGAGAUCGUGGCCGCGCACGAGGAGGCCACCGAGCAGCGGGAGGAGCACCAGAUCCCCAUCAUGACCUCUGGUAGCGUCGUGGCCGGGGAUGGCGGAGGCGCCGGCUCGCAGGGGGGAAGGGCGUACAAGGGCCGCCACUGCAAGAAGUUCUACACCGAGGAAGGAUGCCCCUACGGCGACGCCUGCACAUUCCUGCACGACGAGCAGUCCAAGGCGCGGGAGAGCGUGGCCAUCAGUCUCUCACCCACGGUUGGCGGUGGGGGAUACAAUGCUGCCGCUGCUGCCAAUGGGGCCAUGGUGCAGAAGCCGUCCAACUGGAAGACGAGGAUCUGUAACAAGUGGGAGAUGACUGGAUACUGCCCCUUCGGGAGCAAGUGCCAUUUCGCUCAUGGAGCUGCUGAACUUCACAAGUAUGGUGGGGGACUUGUCGACAUAGACGGCAGGGAUGUCGCGUCCACUCCCGACUCGAAGCAAGCUGGUGCUUCUGCAAAAGCUCCUGCAGAUUCUGCUGCUGCAUCUACCGCGAUACCCCCUCAUGCAGACGUGUACCAUCUAGGCAUCCAGUCACAGCGUUCCACCAACCUCAACCAGAGGUCCGGGCAAGUGCAAAGGCCCAUUCAGAAAUGGAAGGGACCUGACAAAAUCAGCAGGAUCUAUGGCGAUUGGAUAGACGAGAAUGAGUAGGAAGGCAAGCCCUCGCCUAGCAUCUGGCUGCCUUCGCCUCAGCUGGUGCAGGCCGCUUAGAAGUCAUCGUUGGCACUGCAAAACCUGUCUCAGAAGUAUGUGCGGUGUUAGUCUGAAUAUUAUGUUGCUGCAGGUCCUGUUGUAUCCAUGCUUAAGUGAAGAUCAACUCUGCAAGACCUGUAUUGGGAAGGAAAACUGCUAGAACAUAGCAUGGUCACUUGUUCUGUUGUUUAGUUGAACUCAGUCUCACUGCUCUGCUUGUGUAAUUCGUGUGCUAGUAGGAGAUCAUAUAGCUAGUA